CCGAGCGAGACACACGCGGCGAUUUAUCACGCACGUUCACGGUAUUUUCAAUGGCGUUCAGUGCCUUUAAAUGGGGAGGCGUCGCGGUCGGCGUUACAGCUGCUGCCGGCUGUUAUCUGCUUUAUCAGAAAUGGGGUAAAGCACCAAAGAGCACCGCAACUGUCGCGGUGCAGACGGAGCUGGUGGAAGACAUUCCACAGAACAUGAGACAGGCAGACAGGACACAGCUGGAAGGAAUAGCUGAGGACAUCAGACAGAUACGAAACAUUUUGGAGGACAAUAGAGAGCCAGGAGGGGCAGAGAUAGGAAACGUUUUGGAGGACAAUAGAGAGCCAGAAGGGGCAGAGAUAGGAAACGUUUUGGAGGACAAUAGAGAGCCAGAAGGGGCAGAGAUAGGAAACGUUUUGGAGGACAAUAGAGAGCCAGAAGGGGCAGAGAUAGGAAACGUUUUGGAGGACAAUAGAGAGCCAGAAGGGGCACAGAUAGGAAACGUUUUGGAGGACAAUAGAGAGCCAGAAGGGGCAGAGAUAGGAAACAAUUUGGAGGACAAUAGAGAGCCAGAAGGGGCAGAGAUAGGAAACAAUUUGGAGGACAAUAGAGAGCCAGGAGGGGCAGAGAUAGGAAACAAUUUGGAGGACAAUAGAGAGCCAGGAGGGGCAGAGAUAGGAAACGUUUUGGAGGACAAUAGAGAGCCAGAAGGGGCAGAGAUAGGAAACGUUUUGGAGGACAAUAGAGAGCCAGAAGGGGCAGAGAUAGGAAACGUUUUGGAGGACAAUAGAGAGCCAGAAGGGGCAGAGAUAGGAAACGUUUUGGAGGACAAUAGAGAGCCAGAAGGGGCAGAGAUAGGAAACAAUUUGGAGGACAAUAGAGAGCCAGAAGGGGCAGAGAUAGGAAACAAUUUGGAGGACAAUAGAGAGCCAGGAGGGGCAGAGAUAGGAAACGUUUUGGAGGACAAUAGAGAGCCAGAAGGGGCAGAGAUAGGAAACAAUUUGGAGGACAAUAGAGAGCCAGAAGGGGCACAGAUAGGAAACACUUUGGAGUUUAGAGAUUUAGAAAAUGCACUGGUCGAAACCAUUUUUAAGGACGAUAGAGAGUUACGAAGGGCAGUGGUGAACAUUUUGGAAUUCAGUAGACAAAGUGGGCAGUCCAUAAAUAUAAGUUACAGAAGAGUUCGGACCAUUACAUGGCCCUUUUUUUUGAACCAGGCUGUGGACUGGCUCCGCAAUGCACUGACUGGUUAACAUCCUAGCUGUGGAGGGGAGGAAGACCACAAGGAUCAUAUGAACGAGACCAGACAAGUGUUUAAGUUCCUGCUCAGGGGCCCAACUGUGGCAACUUUGCAGCAAUGGGGCUUAAACCAGCAACCUUAUACAGUGGGGCCAAAAA